UUUUAUGGUAUGUGAGUACUCACGUGGGCGGGGUUACCGCCAUUUUGAAACCGAUCCCACCGGUUUGAGUACAAAAUUUUACGUUUUAUUUUCAACAAGGUGUCCUUCUAGUAUCUAGGGGUCUCGUAACAACAAGAUGCCAAUCAAGAACUGUGGAAAGUGUGGGAAGACAGUGUAUCCCACUGAGGAGUUGAAAUGUUUAGACAAAGUCUGGCAUAAGAUGUGUUUUAAGUGCGAGGUUUGCAAUAUGACAUUGAAUAUGAAGAACUACAAAGGCUAUGACAAGAGGCCAUAUUGCAAUACCCAUUAUCCCACCACCAAAUUCACAGCGGUAGCAGAUACACCAGAAAACAGAAGAAUAGCAAAGAACACACAAGUACAGAGUAAUAUCAAGUACCAUCAAGAUUUCGAAAAGCAGAAGGGAAGCAAAAUAUCUGUGGCAGACGAUCCAGAGAACCUUCGCGUGAAGAAGUUAUCCCAGAACAUCAGUAACGUGGCUUAUCAUGGGGAAUUGGAGAGGAAGGCAGAGAUGGAACAGAGGCGUCCUGACCAGGAGUAUGAUGUUGGUUCUGCCCCGCCUCCAGGAUAUGCACCACAAGACAGGCAACCAAUGCCUGCAAACCAGCCCUACCGUCGCCAGCCUGGCUCCCUGGCCGAUUACGACCCGAUGAUGAGAGAGGAAGCCCGCCCCUCGCCGUACAGUGCUAAAGUGCAGAGCACACAAGUGUAUAACUCUGGAAGAGUUGAGACGCAACCUCAGGAUCGCAGGAAAGUAGGUUCAAUCGCUGAUUAUGACCCGGUGAAUGAAAAUUAUGGUUCCUUAGCUGGUGGUGUUUCUUCAACGGGGCAAGGCUAUCAGCAGCCUCCACCGCAGCAGUACCAGCCUCCGCCGCCAUCAUCACCCCAGCAUCAGCCCGUACGCCCCAGUGGCGGUUAUGUCCAGCAGCAAGAGCAAGAAGAGCCUUUGACUGAAUCAGAGCCUCCUGAAAUAUCUGAGCCUCUUUCUAAAUCUGAACCAGCUCUUAUUGAUGAGACACCUGAUACAGUUGAAACUCUUGAUAAUGAAACAGAAAAUGAAAUUGAUGCUUGUCUCGAGCCUGUAGAUUUAGGAGAGGGCCAGAUUGGAGACUCGGAGCUUGGAAUCGAGGAUGUUCUACAAGAAGCGCCCCCUGUAAGCACGCAAUAUUAUGCAGCACAGGAGCCUGAAAGAUCGCCUGGAGGGUACGGCUACCAACCACCUCCCCCACAGAUGGCGCCACAAAGUCAAGGGAAGAGAUUUAUGGCUGUCUACGAUUACACUGCAGCUGAUACGGACGAAGUAUCCUUCAAUGAGGGUGACAUAAUUAUAAACUGCGAAUCAAUUGACGAAGGCUGGAUGACGGGAACGGUAUCAAGAACAGGACAACAUGGCAUGCUGCCAGCAAAUUACGUAGAACCAGCAUAGAGGGCAAAGCCACUGACUUUUGUUUUAUUACUACUGCUAUAGUAUGUGAAUAUUAUAAUUAUUAUUAUACCCUUUAAAUGUUACAAUGCGCCUCCCCAUUGUGUAAAAUCGGAGAUGUUGGGCGAGACCAUUAGGUGUGUUAGUGAAAAGAGGUAGUGUAAAUGAUGGUAUUGUUUUAAGACUUUAAUGCCUUCAGCUGUUUAAAUAUUAUGCUUAUUAAAAGGAUAUUGCUAUAGAAUUAACAUAACAGUGGCAUAGGCAAUUUUAUAAGAAUGCACUUGAAUGAUGAAUAACUCCACAAAGUAAAAAGAAAAAACAAGAUCUGUGAUUGGUCAAAAUAGGAGAUGAAGAACUUGUUAUAGCCAGUAGUGUUCAGUGUGACAUACAUGUAUAAUUUCUUUGGUAUGUAUUGAUUAUGUUUUCAUUCAAAGUUUCAGCAUUUUGUCAUGUGUAAAAGGAAAGAGGGCAGUUUAUUUGUGUCAAAACAAGGAAAAUUUUGUGAUUAGGUUGGGUGGUAUAAACACAGUUAUUGUGAAGGAAUGGGGGAAGUACUUUUAAUUUGAAAUCACACGUAAAGGCUUAUAACAGUGGGAGGUGGUGUUGAAUUUUGCUUGGCAGAAGAAAUUUUCAGAAGUGACCUGAAAAGUGCAUUUUGAAACAGUAUGGAUUAUCACAGAAUGAAGUGGAAAAUUGACAUUGACAAAUCCUUGUAAAAUAUUGAUAGCGUGAUCAGAAUCUGCUAUUAUAAUUUAAACCAAUAAAUUGUCAUCUUUUCACCAGAAUAUUGCUACAUGAGUAACAAUGAAAUGGGCAUACAGGUUUUCUUUAUGGCUAUACCCUAGCUGCUGACUGGUGGCUAUUCUGAGAAUAGGUCCAGGAAUAUUCAGUUUCAUCAGAAUUAUUAACACAGGAGGGGGUUCCAUAAGUGAUAUUAUGCACUAUUAAAUGUACUAAAAUCCUAUCCGUAGUAGAUUAGAUUUUUUAUCAUUUACCAUUUUAUUUAUUUACUUAUUUUUAAUGGUAUUUAGUUGCUCUUGUAUAUUUGUAAGCAACCAGCUCACUUUGCGUUUCAUAUCAGUAUAGGCUUAUAUUACCAAAUGGAAUGCAGACAUACUAAAAUAUGGAUAACUAUCUGUUUGCACUUGUAGCCAAAUGGAAUGAAAAUAAAGGUUCAUGUUAUAAUGGUUAAUUGAUAAAUUACUACUUCCUUUCAAUUCUAGUGUUCUGUUAGUUUAAUUUAAGGAGAGUGCCCUCUUUUAUCUUGCUCCAAUUUUUAUACCUGACUGUUGUUUUAGAUUACGUGAUUUGUUCUCAUUUGUAUAAUUAGUUGAUGUAAUGGAAGGGAAGCUUUUUGAUCUAUAUCAUGUUUUGCCAUUUUAAACAUCCCAGUCUUAAGAUUAUUCUUCAAGAGAAGAGACUAGCUAAGGAUGCUUUAACUGUUUAAAAGUUGCAGUUAAACUAGGCAGCCUAUUCGAUGUAAAUCCAAGUAUUCCAUGAUGUUGAGGGAAAAAUAGAAAAAAAAAUUUUUUUUCGGAAUGUCAGGUGUCAUAAUUAGAAAAUGAACUGUUUCAGGCGUUUGUUUCUUUGGUAUACAAUCCAUAGAAAAACAUAAUUACCAAAUCAUCAAUAUUUUGAAGAGAUAACCUUUAAAAGGUUAUUUUACCCAUGUUUUUUCACUUGAAAAAACUUGUCCUUUCUUGCACAGGUGUUAGUGUGUGACGGGCCAAAUCUCGCUUGAUUAGAUAGGCUUUCACAAACAUGCCCAGGUUAUUCAACAUGUAGCAGACAAUGUUUAAGUGUUGAUUUCUUUUAUAUGUUUAUUUAAAGGGGGAUGUCAAAGGCUAUUAAACUAGUGUUAAAUAAAGAGUAACUGUGGCUUUUCCUGGCACUGCGCCCUCUUUGACAUGGGAAAAUAGAAGCAGUAACAUUGUCUAUGAAAAUACAAGCCUGAAAAUUUUGAGGAAAUUCUCACCAGACUACCGUGUCGUACAUGAUAGUUCGGCAUGGGAUGCACCGGCAUAUUAGAGAAAUACUUACCUAUGUAAUGAAACAUUUGUUAAAAUAAAAGAAUAACAGAAAUUAAA